AUGCAAUAUUUAAGAUACCAUCAUUCAAGUGGAACACCUGUGAAAGAUGGUGUCGUGCUGAAAACACCGAUUCCUAAACAGAAAUGGGAAUUACGAAGUGACAAGGUGAAGCUAAGUGCGAAAAUUGGUGCUGGUGCAUUUGGUGAGGUGUGGGUUGGAACUAUGCAGGAAACCCCGAAUGAUCCCCCAAUUCAGGUCGCCGUAAAAUUGUUACCGACAAAAAUGCUGAUUGGCUAUGCUAUCGAUGCUGCAACCGGCCUUGCCUAUUUACAUGCGAAAGUUUGUAUGCAUAGAGACAUUGCAUGUCGGAAUUGCCUCAUUGAUGUGUCAAAAGGUAUUGUAAAACUUAGCGAUUUCGGUUUAUCGAAGCAAGCGGAAUCCUAUAAUAUACCGAAAGACGAAAAAAUUCCGAUAAAAUGGUAA